AUGUUUGAGGGUAUAUGUGGUGUCAUUGCCCUUGUUGAUGACAUACUUGUCUAUGGUCAAACCCGAGCAAAGCAUGAUCAAGCUCUUCAUAAGGUCUUGGCAAAAGCAAGACAAACAGUUCUCAAAUUCAACAAAGAUAAGCUGCAUGUAGCAGUUGACAAGGUCAAAUAUUUCGGUCACAUUCUUACCUCGAGUGGAAAUGAACCUGACCCGGAAAAAGUGGCUGCUAUUCGAGACAUGCCACCCCCUUCCAGCAAAGCCGAGCUCCAGACUGUUCUCGGAAUGAUGUCCUACUUAUCUAAGUUUGCCCCUAAUUUGUCCAACAUUACUAGCCUCAUGCGCACUAAGAUUCCACUGGCCGACACGCUGUUUCGCAAACAUUUGCCAAACAGUUACCCACAGUACUCAAAGGGCAUGGACUCUCAUGUUCAUAGCAUCAUUAGUAGGGUACUCAUCACAAGCCGUAGGUUAGAUGAUAUUCGCAUCGGAACUGCAAAUGACCUGGACCUACAAACCUUAAUCAAGACCAUUCUGAAUGGCGGGCCUACUGAAAGGAAGUCGUGUGACUCCUCUCUUAUAGAAUUUUGGAACUACAGAGAUGAAUUGUCCUACAUAGAUGGACUUGUGCUAAAAGGUCAUAAGAUCCUUAUCCCAAGAUCAUUCCGUAACCAAAUACUAGACAGCCUCAACAUAGGUCAUGCAGGCAUCGAGAAGACCCUCCGUAGAGCUCGUACUGCCAUAUUUUGGCCCGGUCUCCAUACUGAUGUACAAAAACUUGUAUCUAGUUGCCCGCAGUGUUUGUCUUAUAGAAAUUCAAACCCCAAAGAACCCCUUAACCCCCACCCUACACCUGACUACCCUUGGCAAGUAGUUGCCACAGACUUGUUCCAAUGGGACGAGAAGGAUUAUUUGAUUGUAGUAGAUUACUACGGCUGUUACUUUGAGGUGACCCACCUUAGUACAACCACUAGUAAAUCCAUUGUAAAGCAAAUUAAGUCAAUCUUCUCAAAAUUUGGCAUACUCGAAAAAGUAGAGUCUGACAACGGGCCCCAAUACAGCUCCUCGGAAUUCACCAACUUUGCUUCAGAUCAUGGGUUUAACCAUGAUACUUCCAGUCCAAGAUACCCUCAAUCAAAUGGACUAGCCGAAAGAACUGUCCAAACUAUCAAAAGAAUAUUUCAGAAGUCUAAGGGUGAAAAUAUUCGAUUUCAGCAGGAGUCCAAGUUAUGGAAACCUGGCCACAUAAUAAGUCGCCUGAGUGACCGUAGCUAUCUUGUAAAAGCCCAAACUGGUACUAGUUUCAGGCGCAAUAGACGUCACAUUAUUAAAUCGAAUGAGAAAUCCCAAAACCUGUCUGAACCCGAGUUAAUCCUUAAUGCUGAGGACUCCAUGCCAUUACCCACUCCUGCACCCCACACCCCACCUAUGGAUAAUGCACGACUCCCAGAGAAAUCCAUGGCAGUCAACUCCGAUAACACAGCUCCUUUGCCAUAUGUCACUAGAAGUGGUAGAAUCAACAAACCAAAACAAAUUGUUGAUGUGUAA